AAGAAAGAAAGAAAAAAGAAAAGAAAGGAAGAAAGAAAGGAAGAAAGAAAAUGAAGAAAGAAAAGAGAAAUUUGAGUUUAAAUUGAGUAUCUGUUCAACUUACAGGUCUUGACCUAGAAGCUCUUUUAUAAUAGCCAGAAGUACUUACUAACAGUGCAAAUUUGUCUUACAAAAUUUUUAGAGAACGAUGGAAAAACAAUGUUCAUCACAUUAGUUUCUAGGCUAAUGCUUUGACUUGCCACUUGGUUAAAUAAAUGAUGUACAAAAUUACUCCUCUACACACGCACGCACGCGCACACACACAGACACACACACACACACCAAGUUCUACUCUGUGAAUGAGUUUCUAUAAUGUUUCAGUUUCUACCCAAUGCCAGUGGAAGGAUACUGAGAGUCCUUGUCACAGUAUGCUUCUCACCUGAUUUUAAGCAUGUGGACCUUAAACAUUAAGAACAAAUGUAAGUAUAUAAGAAAUAAACCAAGUAAAAUUAUUAAACUAUGUAUUUGAAAAGUCUUUUUCUUUGCAGGAAAAAUGCUUUCAGAAAGCAGUUCAUUUUUGAAGGGUGUGAUGCUUGGAAGCAUCUUCUGUGCCUUGAUCACUAUGCUAGGCCACAUUAGGAUUGGAAACAGAAUGCACCACCAUGAGCAUCACCAUCUGCAAGCCCCUAACAAAGAUGAUAUCUCGAAAAUUUCAGAGGCCGAACGCAUGGAGCUCAGUAAGAGUUUCCGGGUAUACUGUAUAGUUCUUGUAAAACCCAAAGAUGUGAGUCUUUGGGCUGCACUGAAGGAGACUUGGACCAAACACUGUGACAAAGCAGAAUUCUUCAGUUCUGAAAAUGUUAAAGUGUUUGAGUCAAUUAAUAUGGACACAAAUGACAUGUGGUUGAUGAUGAGGAAAGCUUACAAAUAUGCUUAUGAUAAAUACAGGGACCAGUACAACUGGUUCUUCCUUGCACGCCCCACUACUUUCGCUGUUAUUGAAAACCUCAAAUAUUUUUUGUUAAAAAAGGAUCCAUCACAACCUUUCUAUCUAGGACACACUGUAAAAUCUGGAGACCUUGAAUAUGUGAAUGUGGAUGGAGGAAUUGUCUUAAGCAUAGAAUCAAUGCAAAGACUCAACAGCCUUCUCAGUAUUCCUGAAAAGUGUCCCGAACAAGGAGGAAUGAUUUGGAAGCUAUCUGAAGAUAAGCAGCUGGCAGUCUGCCUGAAAUAUGCUGGUGUAUUUGCAGAAAAUGCAGAAGAUGCCGAUGGAAAAGAUGUGUUUAAUACCAAAUCUGUUGGCCUUUUCAUUAAAGAAGCAAUGACUAACCAGCCAAACCAGGUAGUAGAAGGAUGUUGCUCUGAUAUGGCUGUUACUUUCAAUGGACUGACUCCUAAUCAGAUGCAUGUGAUGAUGUAUGGGGUGUACCGGCUUAGGGCAUUUGGACAUGUUUUCAAUGAUGCAUUGGUUUUCUUACCUCCAAAUGGUUCUGAGAAUGACUGACAGAAAGCAAGAUCAUGCGUUUAGUAACUACAUUAAGACAUGGUAUCAUUUUUAAUUGAUAACAGAUCUAACAUAGUACUGUGUUUCUUUUUCUUAUCUGGUUACACUGGUAUAAUCACACAUUGAAUUCUACUUGUACAAUGUCAAAUGGAAUGCUGUUUUUCCCUUAUAUCAUUGGUGAGAAAUUUAAAUGUAUUAAAAAAUAAAUGUUUUAAGAAUAGCAAUUUUUCAAAUACAUAUUUAUUUAUAAGUAUCAUAUUUAUGUGAUAAAGACUAAAUUAUAGACAUUAAAAUCUGUGGUGUAUCUUUGCUUAUUGGUUUUAAACUCAUGUAUCAUUUUAGCUUUCUAAUAUAUGCAAAUGAGAUCUCUAGAGAGUGUGUGAUUAAAGAAUACUUGUAGCCCUG